UUCAUCACCAGGACGGGAGCAUAAAUGUUGCACACUUACCUCCCGAUCAAUUUGGUUGACGGAGGUAGAGAAGAUGCGAAAAGACGUGAGGAUCCUGCUGGUAGGAGAACCCAAGGUGGGGAAGACAUCACUCAUCAUGUCUCUGGUCAGCGAGGAGUUUCCAGAUUUGGUCCCCUAUAGAGCUGAGGAGAUCACCAUACCUGCAGAUGUCACACCAGAGAGAGUUCCCACACACAUAGUCGACUAUUCAGAGGCGGAGCAGACAGAUGAGCAACUGUUUCAAGAGAUUUCUAAGGCAAAUGUCAUUUGCAUCGUGUACUCUGUCAACAACAAGAAGUCCAUAGAGAAAGUGACCAGUCACUGGAUCCCCCUAAUCACCGAGAACACAGACAAGGACAGCAGGGUUCCUCUGAUCCUGGUGGGGAACAAGUCAGACCUGGUGGAGCACAGCAGCAUGGAGACCGUGCUUCCCAUUAUGAACCAGUACAGCGAGAUAGAGACUUGUGUUGAGUGUUCAGCAAAGAACCUAAAGAACAUCUCUGAGUUGUUCUACUAUGCUCAGAAGGCUGUCCUUCAUCCCACAGGUCCACUCUACUGUCCAGAGAAAAAAGAUAUGAAGCCGCUUUGUGUUAAAGCCCUGGCUCGGAUCUUUAAAGUGUCCGACCUGGACAACGAUGGCAUCCUCAAUGACAACGAGCUCAACUUUUUCCAGCGGACUUGCUUCAACACUCCUCUGGAGCAUCAGGCGUUGGAGGACGUGAAAAACGUGGUUAGGAAGAAUUUGAUCGACGGUGUCCAUGACAACGGCCUUACAUUGAAAGGCUUCCUGUUUCUCCACAUGCUCUUCAUCCAGCGAGGACGCCAUGAAACCACCUGGACUGUCCUGAGGAGGUUUGGAUACGACGAUGAUUUGGAGCUGAAUCAGGACUACCUUUUCCCCCCGUUGAAAGUUCCUCCCGACUGCACCACUGAGCUCAAUUACAAUGCCUACCUGUUCCUGCAGAGCGUCUUUGACAAACACGAUAAGGACCGUGACUGUGCCUUGUCGCCUGAAGAGUUGGAGGACUUGUUUGAUGUUUUUCCCUACAUGCCCUGGGGUGCAGAUGUCAACAAUACCGUUUGCACUAAUGAGCGAGGGUGGAUCACUUACCAGGGCUAUCUCUCACAGUGGACGUUAACAACGUAUCUGGAUGUUCAGCGAUGUUUGGAGUAUUUAGGUUACCUCGGUUACUCAAUAAUUGCUGAGCAGGAGUCGCAGGCGGAUGGAAUUACAGUGACCAGAGAUAAGAAGAUUGACUUACAGAAGAAGCAGACCCAGCGCAGCGUCUUCCGCUGCAACGUGUUUGGAGAAGUCGGCAGUGGAAAAAGCGGCUUCCUCCAAGCGUUUCUGGGUCGAAACCUCUCGCGACAAAAGACGAUUAAAGAGGAGCACAGAUCCUACUACGCAAUCAGUACGACCUACGUUUACGGCCAGGAGAAAUACCUUCUGCUGCAUGAAGUAUUCCCCGACUUCGACUACUUGUCUGACUCUGAUCUGGCUUGUGACGUUGUCUGCCUGGUCUAUGAUGCCAGCAACCCGUACUCCUUUGAAUACUGCGCCAAAGUUUUUAAGCAAUACUUCAUGGACAGCAAGACCCCCUGCAUGAUGAUUGCAGCCAAGUCGGACCUGCCGGAGGUCAAGCAGAUGUACGGCUGCAGUCCACUGGAGUUCUGCAGGAGGCACAAGAUGCCUCCGCCUCAGUCUUUCACCUGUAACACAGCAGGGGAUCCCAGCAGAGAAAUCUAUACCAAACUUACCACCAUGGCCAUGUACCCCCACGCCCGGCUGCGCUGCAUGUGCACCUGCAACCGGUGCACUUUCUGCUUGUGUCAGAACUUCCUCAACUCUGAGCUCCUGCAGACCGUCAGGGCCAAAUUCUACGCUGUAAUGCUCAGAAGACAUGUUAGCCAAGCAGACCGGAAGAGCGCCACCUUCUGGCUAAGAGCAAGCGUUGGGGCCACGGUGUUCGCCGUGCUCGGGGUCGCCAUGUACAGAGUGCUCCUGAAAAGCCGGUGAUCCUCGGGUGUGCUGGUCCAGCUCGCCUCUGCAUGGUACUCCAUGGACCCAUUUUUGCCAGUGAAAACAUCCAAUAUUUUGCUUCUUUGCGUUAAAUGGACAUUUUCUUGAAAAAUGAGCAGUUUAGAGAACUUCUGAACCUGUACUUUUUAUUAUUUUUUGUGACCAAAUCAAGCUAACGUUCUGCUGUGGCUGUGUUCCUUUCUGUUGUCCUUCCUGAUUAAAAAUAUGUAUAUUUAUUUUGUAUGAAAUUUACUUAAGAUGUUAUAAAAAGUAUAAAAUGAAAUGUUUAUAUUUAACAUAUAUUUGAAAGCUGCUGCUAAACACUAGUGACAACAUAAAGCAUAUACUUAUCUAAUUUCUUGUUGCUUGCUCACUGACAGAAUACAUUUAUUUAUUUUUGUUUAUGUAUGAAACAUGUUAUGUAAAUACUGUAUAUAAUAUAGACAUUAUCUUAGACACUAACUAAGCUUUUUUUGUUUUACUAAACUAAUUAAACCCUGAUUGCAGAAGAAUUACUUUAACAGCGUGUUCUUAGAUAAACUUGAAACGCUUCUCCUCUUAGACUGAAAUGUGGCCAAAUUCCUGGAUGCACAAUCUUCUUUUUUUCUCUUUUUGCAUGUAGAAACUGCUGCUCAGUGGGUGUGAAUGUGUCAAAGACUCUGCCGCAUUCCUCAACACCAUUCUUGUUUGUGAACCCAGAUAUACAUCAAUAUCACCUUUACGUUUUAAGAUGUUCCCAAUAUGAAAAUCUUAGAUGGACUUCUCCUUUUAGCAGAUGUUCUUUCUCAAUAGUCUUAAUAUAAAAUGUUGAUGUGACAGUCAGCCUCCUUCAUUAUAACUGAUGCAAUUAUGUCACCAAAACUGGUUUUCUUUUUAUUUUAUGGCAAUGACGGCUUCCUGCGAGAAGUGUUGCUACAUGGAUUCUCUCCGCCCUGCCUUUUCAAAAGUUUACAAUAAACUCAUAACCUGCUGUUUAAAAAA